GGGGGUAAGUUGUUGUUUUGUUGGUCGUAGUUCUUUAUUUCCAGAGGUACUAUUCAGGGGUUUUAGCAGCGCAGAGCAAUUUCGAAACAGCAGCCAUGGCGAGCACUAAAGUCCAGCGGAUUAUGACCCAACCUAUCAACCUGAUAUUCAGGUUUCUUCAAAGCAAAGCUCGGAUUCAGAUUUGGCUGUUUGAGCAGAAAGAUGCGAGGAUUGAAGGCCGCAUAAUUGGCUUUGAUGAGUACAUGAAUUUGGUUUUAGAAGAUGCUGAAGAGGUGAACGUCAAAAAGAAGACCAGAAAAUCACUUGGGAGGAUCCUUCUGAAAGGAGACAAUAUUACUCUGAUGAUGAAUACGGGAAAAUGAUACACAUGGCUGAUGUGCAUUUGUUCAGAAGUAUUGAAAUUGUUGGCCUGGAAGCUAUGACAAACUGCUGACCCGACAUAGUAGCCUUUUAUGCGUAAAACAUACUGAUUAAUGGUGUCUGCGUCAAGCAUUCCCCUCCUCUCCGUAUUAGCUGAAAUGUAGUUAAAGUGAAUAUUAAGUAGUGGAUUUAAUUGAUUUCUUCGGUCAUAUGUAAAAGUAUUAAGUUUCUUAUGGUUGAGGCUCCUGGUGGUGCUUUCCAUUUUGGGGCUUUUCUCUCUGUUCUAUUAGCUUAUGUUACAGAAGAGGGUAUAUUCAAGUGAACCCUGUUUGUGAUUUAUCAUUUUAUCCGAUUGUGGAGAUUAUGAUAUCUCGUACCAAUCUCAAA